CGCCCUGUUGGACACGAAUAUCGUGAUUUCUCAUUGGUGAACCUGGGCAUCCUUGUCGCCUGCUCCAACAAACGCGGGCCCGGGGGUAUUGAUGACAUCACCCCAGCUAUCAGCCUCUGUCGCGAGGCACUGACGGUGUGCCCACCUGGGAAUUCACUUUGUGAUGCCACGCUUAACAACCACCUUGCCUUCACGUUCAAAACAAAUCGCAUGUCACAUCAGGGAAAGCCUUCCCCCUGA